AUGGUGUAUAGGGUGGCAAAGCAGAGAGAUAAAGAAGCAAAGGAUGUACAACAAAUCAGGCUGAUGGAGGAUGCUGAGGAUAAAGUGUUGACCAUCGAAGAAGAGGUGCUGCAGAGAUGGAAAGACUACUUGGGAGGGCUGAUGAAUGUUGAAAACCCCAGGGAAAUGAGAGGAAAAUGGGGUGAAGGCAGAAGUGAGAGAAUGUCAGGUGAGUGGAGAAGAGCCAUUUGCAAGAACAAAGGAGAUGCACAGAAUUGUGCUAACUGCCGGGGCAUCAAACUAAUGAGUCAUAUAAGAAAGUUGUGGGAAAAGGGUGAUACACACAAGUCUAAGGAGUUACUGCAGAAGUUUGACACCCCGGGGAGAAGUACCACAGAUGCCAUCUUUGUACUGCGAAUGUUGAUGGAAAAGUACAGGGAAAGACAAAGGCAACCGGGUUGCAUGUUUUUGGAACUGAAGAAGAGAUAUGACAAAGUACCAAGAGAGGAUCUGUGGCACUGCAUGCAGGAGUCAUCUAUACCGGAAGUGUUUCUAACAUGUCCCUCACUGUGUCAUUCCUUAUUUUGUUUUUUCCGUGCGAGACUCAGAGUGAAUCUUAACAUUCGCAUCUCUGCCACCUCCAUCUUGGCGUCUUGUAACUUUGUUACUGGUACUGUCUCCAUUCCAUGCAACAUUGCUGGUCUUACACAUAUCCUAUAG